GGGGCGGGACGGGUCGGGACGGGGCAGAGUCGGGAGCGGGGAUCGGCCAUGGGGAAGCUGCUGGUGGUGGCUCUUGUCGGGAUAGCGGCAGCCCUGGUGGCGGAGCGGCUGCUGGCCUUUCGGAACACACUCAAUGCUUCACGGGAAGUAGCCCCAGUAACACUCCCGAACUGCCGGCUCAUUAAAGGAAUCGAAGCUGGUUCCGAAGACAUCGACAUACUUCCCAAUGGACUAGCUUUCAUCAGCUCUGGUUUGAAAUAUCCAGGAUUAAAGAGCUUUGCUCCAGACAAGCCAGGUGAAAUGUUUUUGAUGGAUUUGAAUGAAGACUAUCCCAGGGCAGUGGAACUGAGAAUCAGCCGAGGGUUUGAUCUGUCAUCAUUUAACCCUCAUGGAAUCAGCACCUAUGUAGACAGAGAUGACACCGUGUACCUCUUUGUUGUGAACCAUCCCCAUCAGAAGAGCACAGUAGAAUUGUUUAAAUUUGUAGAAGAUGACAAUUCUCUUUUACACCUGAAAACCAUUCAACAUGAUCUUCUGGCAAGUGUGAAUGAUAUAGUAGCCAUGGGGCCAGAUAGUUUCUAUGCUACCAAUGACCACUACUUCACCGACUUCAUCUUGAUGUUCUUAGAGGUGUUCUUGGGUUUAACUUGGUCAAAUGUUGUUUACUACAGUCCAAAAGAAGUUAAGGAAGUGGCAACUGGCUUUUGUUCAGCCAAUGGAAUUAACAUUUCACCUGAUAGAAAGUACAUCUAUGUUGCAGAUGUAUUUGAUCAUAGUGUUCAUGUUAUGGAAAAACACACUAACUGGAAUUUAACUCACGUGAAGACACUACAACUGGACACUCUGGUCGAUAACUUGUCUAUUGAACCUCACACUGGAGACAUCUGGACAGGAUGUCAUCCUAAUGGGAUGAAGCUGUUCUACUAUGAUCCUGAAAAUCCUCCUGCCUCUGAGGUUCUGCGCAUCCAGAACAUCCUCUCGGAGGAGCCUGUGGUGACACGUGUCUACGCUGACAACGGCUCUGUGCUGCAGGGGAGCUCAGUGGCAGCCAUCUACGAGGGAAAACUGCUCAUUGGCACAGUCUACCACAGAGCUCUCUACUGUGAGCUAUAGCUCGUCAUGGGUAAGAUCUGCUGCAGCGGAAAGGAUUUAGUUCCUUGGGAACUCAGUUUCUGCUAGAUUUGCUAACAACAAGACUGUUCCAAUAAAGGUUAACUGCAGUAAUAGAGAUGUAUUUUAGCCUUCCUCUCCAAAACGAGACUUCUACACAAUAGUGAAGGAAAUGUAAUUGAAGGUGAGAAAUUAGUUUAUUUGUGUAAUGGGGAGGACCCCAUAUCAGUAACAAAGGGUUACCUUGAAGUUCAGUUUCAGAUUGCAAAUGACUAAACUGUCAGACAUUGAACUCAUCUCUGCUGGCUGGAUUUUUUUUUUCCCCAUGAGAAAACUGAUUUUGUAAAUAAGAAUUGCUGACUACCA